GUGGCGAGAGAGCUCGGGAGUCAUCCGCAGGAAGCAGCGCUGCUCUGGACCUCAACACACGUCCCGGACCAGUGGGCCGAGGGACGAGAAGAGAAAGCAGAAGAGCGAAAAGAGGAAGAGAGAAGUGUCAGACAAUGAUGACAUCUGAUCUAGGUGCUAGUUGAUCUCUCUUUUCUCUGUGACAGCUUCAAGUGUGGAUCUCCGAGCGCGCCAGGAGUGUCUUUUUCGCACCUUUCCACGCUGGGUCAGUCCGCUUCCUGGCGUCCCUCUGGCGAUUUAUACCCGUGUUUUUAAGUGACUGGCAUUUUUGGAUCUUACUGUUCCGAUAUGAUCCCCCCUCCGUUUUAAGCGCCCACUCCCUCCCCAGGACUAGAAUUAAAGGAAUUAAAGAGUUCACCGCUUGGUUUCCAGCGAAGCGCACGCAGCAGCAGCAGCAGCAGCAGCAAAGAGCGCACCCACGUUACUCUGCCUGAAAAUCAGAGUGAGAGAUCAGGAGAACAAGUGCACAGCGAGGCGUGGGAGAGACACGAGGGAAGAAAAGAGGCACAGGCACUAAACUACGGAGGUUUGUUCAUGUUUGGGAUCCAGGAGAGCAUCCAGAGAAGCGGCAGCAGCCUGAAGGAGGAGCCGCUGGGAGGAAUGAACGCUGUCCGGGGCUGGAUGCAGGGGGGCGGCGUGCUGGACGCCAACACGGCCGCCCAAAGUGGAGUGGGUCUGGCCCGGGCUCACUUUGAGAAGCAGCCGCCCUCCAACCUGCGGAAGUCCAACUUCUUCCACUUCGUCCUGGCUCUGUACGACCGGCAGGGUCAGCCGGUGGAGAUCGAGAGGACCAACUUCGUGGACUUCAUCGAGAAGGAGAAGGAGACGAGCGGAGAGAAGACCAAUAACGGGAUUCAUUAUCGGCUGCAGCUUCUUUACAGUAACGGCAUCAGAACAGAGCAGGACUUUUAUGUUCGACUCAUAGACUCCAUGACUAAACAGGCGAUUGUUUAUGAAGGCCAAGACAAGAACCCAGAGAUGUGCAGAGUGCUGCUGACACAUGAGAUCAUGUGCAGUCGGUGCUGUGACAAGAAGAGCUGUGGAAACCGUAAUGAGACACCCUCAGACCCUGUUAUCAUCGACAGAUUCUUCCUCAAGUUUUUCCUCAAGUGCAACCAGAACUGUUUAAAGAACGCAGGAAACCCGCGAGACAUGAGGAGGUUCCAGGUGGUGGUAUCAACUACGGUGAGCGUGGAGGGACAUGUCCUGUCGGUGUCCGACAACAUGUUCGUCCACAACAACUCCAAACAUGGCCGACGGGCCCGCAGGCUCGACCCCGUGGAAGGAACGCCGUCUUACCUAGAACACGGAGCAGCUCCCUGCAUUAAAGCCAUCAGCCCAAGCGAGGGAUGGACUACGGGGGGCGCUACAGUCAUCAUCAUAGGAGACAACUUCUUCGACGGUCUCCAAGUCAUUUUCGGUACCAUGCUGGUUUGGAGCGAAUUGAUCACGCCGCAUGCCAUCCGGGUGCAGACGCCUCCCAGACACAUUCCUGGGGUCGUCGAGGUCACCCUGUCCUACAAGUCGAAACAGUUCUGCAAAGGCACACCAGGAAGGUUCAUAUACACAGCACUGAAUGAACCAACCAUCGACUACGGUUUCCAGAGGCUUCAGAAGGUCAUCCCUCGGCACCCCGGGGACCCCGAGAGGCUGCCAAAGGAGGUUAUUCUGAAGAGAGCAGCCGACCUGGUGGAAGCCCUGUAUGGUUUGCCCCAUAACAACCAGGAGAUCAUCCUGAAGCGUGCGGCGGACAUCGCAGAAGCUCUCUACAGCGUUCCUCGAGGACACACCCAGCUCUCCGGCUCCACCCACACCGGCAUGAUGGGGGUCAACUCUUUCACCGGGCAGCUGUCCGUCAACGUCUCUGAACCUUCACAGGCCAAUCAGGGUUUUGUGCGCAGCAGCAGCAGUGUGUCUCCUCACGGUUACGUGCCUAGCUCCACGCCUCAGCAGACCAGUUACACCUCAGUCACCAGCACCAUGAACGGCUACGCUAACAACGCUGGCAUGACCAACCUGGGAGGCUCGCCCACUUUCCUCAACGGCUCCGCCGCCAACUCGCCUUAUGCUAUUGUCCCAUCCAGUCCCACUAUGGCCUCAUCCACCUCCCUCCCCUCCAACUGCUCCUCCUCUUCUGGCGUCUUCUCCUUCUCUCCGGCCAAUAUGGUGUCGGCGGCCGUUAAGCAGAAAUCCGCCUUCGCCCCGGUGGUCAGGCCCUCCUCCUCCCCUCCGCCCUCCUGUACCAGCGCCAACGGCAACGGGCUCCAAGAUCAGACAUUUGUGGACUCUAGCAAGUACUCAACAGCCAGCUCUCUACAAGGCCUGGCCUUCACCUGAACAAUCCCUGGAAUGAUCGUCCCACCCAUGUAAAGGUGUGAGUACAUGACUGUGUGUGUGUGUGUGUGUGUGUGUGUGUGCGUGCGACUGUGUGCGAGAUGAACCAAGCACACUCACACCGAUCCUGGGCGGAGGAUUUCGGUGCGAGUCAGACUCCGGUCGGGGAUGGAAGCAGCUGUCCCUAUCUGAAGGAACAAAACCCAACUCAGGCCCUUUCUAACACAAAAAAACAACUGCAAGAGAACAACUAUUUGCAAGGAAAUACAUUGUUUAGACUUUGUACACCUUGAUGCUUUUAUAGGAGAAUGGCCACGCCUACAUUAUGACUCUCCACGGACACUGGAAGUGUAUUUAUUUUGGAGAGAAUCCACUUCCUCCCUCGAGUGAUUGUUGAUUUGUUUUCUUUUUGUGCAACAGUUAACGUGUGAUAAUCAUCUUCUAACUGUAUCCAACAUGAGGGAUUUUCUAUUUAUGAAGUUUGGUCGUUAAUGAAGGAAUAUAAUGUGAAGAAUACAAUGAGUAAAACUGAUGAUCAUUAUGAUGAUGAUGAUGAUGAUGAUGAUGAUGAUGAUGAUGAUGAUGAUGAUGAUGAUGAUGAUGAUGAGGCUGCAGGAUUCCUACAGGGUCAAAUCCAGCCGACACAGACAAGCCAAACCACACACAUACACACUCACUUCUCUUUGCCAAAUCCUCACACAACAGCACAAACACUUCUUCUGCACUGAACCAAUCAGCCUGAAGGAUUCAGAUGCUUCCCGCCUGCGACUGAUGCUGCAGUUUUAGCCAUUCAAGAAAUCCCAAUGUUUACUUUGAGCUUGCUUUAUGUACUUUGUGCACUGCUGCUCCUGUGUGCUACAUUUUCUAAAAAGUGCAAAUCUACCUUUCAGCGAACAGAACGUGCAGAGAAAGAAAAGAUUCAGUCAUUUAACGAGCCAAGAUGAAAUUUAUUCCCACCGUGCAAGAUUCACAGGAGAGAUUAGACCUGCUGCAGCGCUAAUCCAGGGCAGAUUUGAUGAUAGCUAAAUGUAAAAAGGCCAUAAACGAAUGCAGCUCCUUCCCUACACUGGGGUGUGUGAUUACUGGAUGCCAACAGUAGCUUUACUGUUCAGGAUUUGACC